AUGGCUACGACAGUGGAAACAAUGUCAGCGGCCAUGGAACUGAUCGAGACAAAGAAAGAGAACCUAAAGAAGGCCUUCGAUGAGCUUCAAGCCCACUACAACGUCCUCUCCUCCUUCAAUCUCACCUGGUCUGACCUCGAUUCCCACUUCACCUCCAUCAAAGACUCCCUUAACCAAAAACUCCAGCUCCUCCAAACCCUCGAGUCCCAAUCCUCAAAUCCUUCUUCUUCUAUACCCCAAGACCUCUGUUCAUCAAACCCUCCAUCUCAGAAACCACAAGACCCUUCUUCUUCUUCAUGUCAGAUACCGAAGGACCCCUCUUCUUCGUCGAAUUUACCCACCCAUAUAGCAGAAGACCCGUCUUUGUCAUCGUUGACAUUGGCCCAGAUAACGGAAGACACCAAAACACCAACCCAGAUAACAAAGGACCCACCUUCUUCAUCAAUUUCGUCGACCCAGGUGGUAAAGGACCCUUCUUCAUCAAACCCUCCGACCCGGAACACGGUUACGAGUCUUCAGUCGGAUUCAGUUCCUCCUCGGCCAGAGUUGGUGGCAUUUUGUGAGCGAAUGGAUGCCAUGGGGUUGAGAAAGUAUAUGAAUGAAACCUUGGAUAAUCGAAACACCAUCCGGGCCGAGCUCCUGGGAGCUAUACGGUACGCCAAGGACCCUGCUGCUAUGGUUUUAGAUGCAGUAGAUGAUUUUUAUAGUGAGAACGGGAGGGAUAAGGGUGAUAAGGACCCGGAAUUGUUUGCUGUGAGGAGAAGUGGUGUGCUGUUAUUGGAAGUGCUAAUGGGGGUUUCACCGGAUGUAGGAUUCGAAGUGAGAGAGAGAGCAAAGAAGUUGGCCUUGGCUUGGAAAGGGAAGGUGAGUAUGGAUGGUGAAAACCCGUUUGAGGCGUUGGGAUUCUUGCAUUUGGUGGCAGCUUAUGGACUGCAGUCUGAAUUCAAGAUGGAUGAGCUUGUUGAUCAUUUUGUUAUCAUUGCGCGGUAUAGGCAAGCUAUCGAAUUGUGCCAGAAAAUUGGUUUGGGAGAUAAGAUUGCAGAUCUCAUUCAGAAACUUGUAAGUAAGGGAAAACAUCUUUUGGCUGUCAAAUUCAUUUCUGAAUUUGAUCUGACUGAUAAGUUCCCACCAGUUCCCCUCUUGAAGUCCUAUUUGAAAGAGUCUAAGAAGCUCGCUAAGAAAGUUUGUAAGGAUGGAAAUAACUCCCACAAGUCAAUGAAUGAGGCCACAGCCAAAGAAACCGGUGCUUUGAAAUCAGUAAUCAAAGUUAUUGAAGACCUCAAGCUCGAAUCUGAGUAUCCACCUGCUGUUCUUCAAAAGCGACUUGAGCAGCUGGAGAAGGAGAAAGCAAACAGAAAACGCCAUGCAGAAGCUCCUGCUGUCAAGCCUCAGCAACAUAAACAGCAGACAGCAAAGCAGCAAAAACUGAAGCAGCAGCAGUAUGGAAACAAGCAUCCUCGAAUGACUGCUCCAGUUGGCUCUGCAGCAGUCUCAAAUAGUGUCAAUGCAGCAGGUUUGUUGCCAGCCUAUGCCUUGUCAGGCACUGCUCCUCCGAUUCCCACUUAUGCGGGUUCAUCAGCUGGGCUGUAUGGUUUUGCAGGAGGCCAGAUGGGUUUUCUUGGGAACCCGGGCCCUGCUAGUAACCAUUUAUACUCAUCCGACCAUUAUAUGCCGUCAGGCUAUUAUAACAGGCAAACUGCCUAUGGUGGAUAUGGUGUACCCCCUGAGUACCAUCCUCCAUCUCACUAUCCUCAGUAG